AAGCGCCGCGGCGAAGUCUUCUUCUCGCCGUCAACGCUGGCGGCUGGCGGCCUGGCGCAAUAAAGGCUCCUCCCCCUCCUCUCUCUCGGUCCUUUCCCCACCCGUUGCUUCUCGCUGGCGCCACCUCAUCAUCACUCAAUGGCCGGCGGCGAUCCCCAACCACCUCUCCGACGGCGCGUUUAGCAAGCUGAUCCCCUCCGAUCCUUAGCCAGCAUGGACGGCCACGGAUCCAAGCUGCGGGCGGCGGCGGCGGCGGCGGCGGCGUCCGGCACCCGCGUCCCCGACGACGCGCUCGUCGAGAUGUUCGAGCUCCUCCCCGCCAAGUCCCUCCACCGCUUCAAGUGCGUCUCCAAGGCCUGGUGCGGCCUCGUCACGGACCCGCUCCACCGCGUGCGCUUCGCCCAGACCCUGGCCGGGUUCCUCUGCGCCGACGUUACCGACGACGACACCGCCGCCGCCGGGACCGAGAUCGGCGGCGUGUGCGAGCGCUGCCGCGAGGACGGCGGCGGCGAUGGCGCCGAGAGCUCGCACCGCACGUGCCCGCACGCCGCGGUCUCGAACCGGGUAAUCACCCGGCGGUUCAUCAACGUCUCCAGGAUGGCCGCCCCGCUCAUCGACGCAACCUUCCCCUUCCUCCCGCCGGCGCCGCCCACCGGCGAGGGAUUCCGCGACGUGAUCGUCGAUGCCCGCGACGGGCUGGUCCUCUUGGCGCGCGUCCGGAGGCACGAGUCCCCGGACCUCCACCCGCCGGCGUGCUACCUGGUCUGCAACCCGGCCACGGCGCGGUGGGCGGCCGUCCCGCCCUCCGGCUGGGCCCCCACCACCACCUCCCAGCCGGUGGCGCGCACCUACCUGCUCUUCGACGCCGCGUCCUCCCCGCACGCGUUCCACCUGCUCCAGUUCCGGCUGGACGAGAUGGACGCCGUGCGCGCGGUGCACACCUACUCGUCGGCGGAGGGCGCGUGGACGGACCGGGCGGGCCCGUGGCGCGACGGCGGGUGGCGGGACUGGGGCCGCGCCGUGGCGCCCAUCCAGCCGGGCACCGGCGCCGCCGUCGCGAACGGCAUGCUGCACCUUGUCGUCGACACCGACGGCACCACCGGCCCGAACAACCUCGUCGCCGUCGACGAGGAGGGGAACACACGCCGGACCAUCCCGCUGCCGCGGCGGGAGGUGGCGGAGAAGGACUGGCACUCGGUGUUCGUCGCCCGGUCGCAGGGGCGCCUGCACUACGUCAUGUGCGUCCGCCCGCCGCACGGCCGGCUCUCCGAAGAGCAUCCGUUGAAGCUGCUGGUGUGGGUGCUCGAGGACCACGACGCCGGCGAGUGGGUGCUGAAGCACACCGUGAGCUUCCCGGAGCUGUUCGGGAGGAUCGCGUGCCAGUUCCGCGUCGAGUACAGCGUGGUCGCCGUCCAUCCCGACGGCAACUGGGUUUUCUUUGUCCGGCAUUGGGACCGGAAGCUGGUGGCGUACGACAUGGAUCGUAGGGAGGUGAUUGUCGUCGCCGAUCUUGGUGCCGGAGGUGAAGUCGGCGAUGAGCUUCCUACUCCGUAUGUCCCUCUUUACUCCAAGUGCUCCGCGCUCACAAAUAUUCAGUGAAAAAUGUUGGAUGUGGGGAAUUUCUUGAGAUGCUUCACCAGAAUUUCUUGGUAAAUCUGCUGGCGGAAUUUGGUGAUAUGUUUCGCUGUCAUGUUCUCGGUUUAGUUCAGCAAGUCAGCUGAGCCCAUGAGUAAUGCUGUACAUAUGCCCAUGAGUAGUAGUCCUUGCAGUAUAUUGCAAUAUAACUUAUGAGGUUAUGGCAAUGUGUUCUAUAUGCCUCACAUGAUUUGCAA